GAUCACCGUUCGAUGCUAGCCAAUCGAAGGCGCGACUCGGUUCAGUUGAGCGAUUCUUUUAAAACAAAUUGAUUUUAAAAUUUAUUGAAUUCGUUGUGUGUUAAGUUUAAAUCUGUCUAAAAAUAUGGGUGAUGUUGCUCUGCUGAAAAAGCAAAUUGUUUCACGAUUUAAUAUCAGUGGGUUUCAAAUUCGAAGUGAGGCCAGCGUAUUCCUGGCGCAGCAGAUCGCUCCCCUAGCCGAGAGCGAUCGCAAGAAAUGGCUGCACAACAUUGCCAACCACGUGCAGGGACAGAAUCUGAACCUGCCGGUCGUGGAGAAACGCCACAUCGAGCUGGCCAUCAAGGAGGCCAACAAUACCGGCCUGGAGGACAACGAAAGCGUUUUUAGCGUCAUCAGCGCGUUCGAUGUGCCCAAGUUUCGGUACUGCGAGGAUAAGAAAAAGUUUCUUCCGGAGACAGGGAAGAAGGGAUUGCUGCCUGGGCCCGAUGCCAAAAGCGAGUACAUUCGCGAUCGCUAUCAGAUGCUGUGGCAGAAAACGUCCCGCCACGAGAUGUUUAACACUAGCAAAAUUGUCCUAAACAACAAUGUUAAACGAUUGACACUGAGGAAGAUCGAAACUUUGCUGUCGACUUCCAAAAUGAAUGAGGUUGUUAUCCUGGGGUUGCUGACACAACUAACGGAGGGCAAAUUCUAUUUGGAGGAUCCAACCGGUGUGGUUCCGAUUGAUUUGAGCCAAACCGUCUUUUCAUCGGGACUAUUCUGUGAAGGAUGCUUUGUUCUUGCCUGUGGAAAAUAUCGCGAUGGUACGUUGAAGAUCGAAGAAAUGGGUUUCCCGGUGACUGAGCUGGCCUCUAGCAGUCGGGCUUUUUUCGGUACCGUCAAUACCUGGGGUGGCAGAUCCAAGAGCUUACUCAAAUAUUCGAAAAAUUUAGCGGAACUGGAAGCCAAAAAUUCCGAAGAUAGUAUCGUAUUCUUAGCUGACUGUUGGUUGGACAAUCCGAUAGUAUUGGAUAAACUCCGUUCACUGUUCAGUGGCUAUGAUGAAUUCCCACCUGUAGCCAUCGUUCUCAUGGGACCAUUCUCAAAGAUGAACGACAAUAUAUACUCGUUGAGGGGACGCUUCCAAGCCCUUGGAGAAAUUCUAGCCAGCUGCGAACGAUUGAAAAUGGAAACUGACCUGGUGUUGGUACCAUCUUGUGAUGAUCCGACGGCAGCCAAUAUACUCCCGAGGCCACCGCUUCCGGAAUUUCUGGUGGCCGAUUUGAAAAAGCGCUAUCCACGAACCGUUUUGACAACCAAUCCAUGUAGAAUUCAAUACUGCACCCAGCAAAUUGUGGUUUGUCGAAUGGACCUUGUCACCAAACUAUGUCGCAAUACCAUCCAUUUCCCCAAAAGCGGACAGCUGGAGGAUCACUUUGCACGCACCCUCAUCAGUCAGGGAACACUGGCCCCGUUGCAUCCGAUAGCGAUGCCCAUUCACUGGAACUACGAUAGCGCACUUUCGCUGUACCCAUUGCCGGAUCUGAUCGUGGUUGGCGAUCCUUGCCAGGGCUUCCAAACCACCGAACAAGAGUGCACCGUCAUGAACACCGGAUCGUUUCCCAAAUCAAAGUUCGCUUUCAAGGUGUACAUUCCAUCUUCGCGUACCGUUGAGGAUUCGCAGAUUCCGGAUGAAUGAAUCUAAACAAGGUAUCCAAACCAAUUA